AAGAAACGCUGGUUAUUUCUGGGGCUAAAUAUUUUAAUGUUUGCAGAGCGGAUUUAUUCAUUCAGUCCAGCUUCAAGGACCGUUUAUGAUCUCACCUUUUAUUCCUGCUGCAGAAACAUUCACGGUUUAAAGGAAGUUUAUUUAGAACUAAUGGAUGUUUUGCACAGACUGCUGGAUUUCCAUUGAAUCCAUCAGAUCAUCUCACAUCGGAAAGACUGGUGUGUCUGAAAAGCAGGCCCUUCAGAAAGUCCAACGACAGACUAACCACUCCCCAGGUUGUGGACACUGCUGUUGACCCGCCUCCCAGCUGUCUGAAGACUCAUCCAGCAUCGCUGUCCUCCUGCUCGCCGAGGCAGACCAUAGCAAUCAGACAUGGCUAAGCUCAGAGCUAAGCACGGCAGGUGCUCUGUCACUGGUUGCAUAAACGAGCACAAAAGUCUUUUUUUACUGCCGUCAUCUGAGCCCCUAAAGACCCAAUGGAUGGAUUUCAUUUUUGGUGGCAAUCUAUCCGCAAAACCUCCAAAGGAAUUGCACGUGUGUGCUAGACAUUUCGAAGAGGAGUGCUUUCACAACAUGGGCGCCUACAAAGCAGGCUUCGCCACGCACCUCAAACUGAAGAGUGGAUCGAUACCAACUCUGCGCUACAAAGCUAUACAGGCUGGCCAAUCAAGUCCAUCCACUCAGUUACCUGCAUACCAGACUAACCCACUCGGCAUGCCUACUGUAAAAACACAGCAAUCCUUUCGGACUCCUCAGCCCAGCUUCAGAAGUGUUGGUGUGCAGACUGCUGCCUCCUUUGGAGACUUUAGUGUUGGGACCACGACUGCAGAGCCUUUGUAUUCGUUUUCCUCAUCUGUGAGGAGACCUUCAAAAAGACGUCGCCUGGGCCAAGGAGGAGAGCUGGACCAGGAGGAUGAAUCAUUGGAUGGCAGCUCUUCAAAUGGGCUGGAUUCUACCUAUGACCCUGCUGAUCCCGCCACAGUAUUGACAGAGACAACAUCAUUGUCGGAAGAUCCGUCCACUCCUGUCCACAACUUAAAGAAAUACAUAGUGUAUGAGAGCUGCAUUAUGGAGCUGUUUGUAGUGUGUCCUGCCUGCAUGCGGUUGUGUGACGUAAGGACGCAUAGACGGGGAACAUUCCUGUCUGUGGAGCAGCGCUGCCCCCACUGUGAGUUCUACAGACAGUGGAACAGCCAGCCUCUUCUGGGAAGCACGCCAGCCGGGGACCUCCAGCUCUCUGCUGCCGUGUACCUGAGCGGCGCAUCUUUCUGGAAAAUAGCUAGGGUCUUUGAUGCAAUGCAGCUGCAGACGUUUCAGUACGACACGUUUCGCAGACAUGCCAGAGCCUUUAUUGAACCGGCAGUCGUCCACCAGUGGAAAACGUCACAAGAAGCGACGCUGCAGAGGCUCAGUCAGCAGGGCAAAGUAAUACUUGGUGGUAACAUGAGGGCUGACUCUCCAGGGAACUCGGCAAAGAUCGGGAGCUACACCAUGAUGGACCUGAGUAGAGGCACAGUUUUGGACAUCCAGCUGCUACAGAACAUUGAGGUUGGUGGCAUCUACCAGAUGGAGAAAGAGGGACUGAGGAGGAGUCUGGCAUUGCUGGAAUCACGAGGCGUGACUCCUGACUGCCUCGUCACCGACCGCCACCCACAAGUUCAGAAGUUUCUCACCGACAAAAACAUCACCCACUACUACGACGUCUGGCACAUGGAGAAAGGAAUUUCAAAGAAACUGGAGAAGAUCAGCAAGAAGAAAGGUUUUGAGAAACUCCAGAAGUGGACGAGGAGCAUUAAAAACCACAUUUACUGGACUGCAGCUACCUCAAGGACCGGUCCUGAGAGAGUGGCAAAAUGGACCUCCUUCCUAAACCACGUGCAAGACGUACACGCCCAUGAUGAUCCUCUUUAUCCCAAGUGCCUGCAUGACAUCCGUCGAACUCGGGACAAGAGGAAAUGGCUCCGAGCAGAAACUCCGGCGUUCCACAUGUUAGAGAGGGUGCUGACAAACAGAAGGACUCUGAAGGAUGUUGCCAAACUCAGCCCUCACCACCAGACCUCGUCUCUGGAGGCUUUCCACAGCGUUAUCCUUCAUUUUACACCAAAGAAUGUCAUCUUUCCAUUUAUCGAAAAGCUGUGCAGGCUUUACCUGGCUGCCAUGCAUUACAACGAGAACGCUAACCGAUCACAAGCAAAAACACGGGAAGGCGUGCCCCUCUUCAAGGUCCACUUUCCAAAGGCUAUGAAGGGAGAGUGUAGCAUGAAACCACAUAGGACCAAACCGACAUUCAGCUAUGUUGCUGACUUGAUGGGCCUCAUAUUUGAUAAAGUCUUUGUGGACCCCACACCCUACACCAGCGCCCUGUUGGCCAUCCCUGUCCCAGAGGACUUCAUAGAACAGUAUGAGCGGCCGGAAAAGGAGGAGGUCAUCGCCAGCUAUGUCUCCAGGCUCAACCGAGGCUCCGUUUGAAUCCCACAUAGGGGCCUUUAUCAUUAGGGAACUCUGUGUUGAAGCUCAGAACCACGAAAGCUGGACGACCCAAGAAGCACCAGCUCACAAAACUUCAAAAGGCCAAAACUAAACAGUGGAAACAUGUUUGUUGUUGCAGAGAUUUUGACAUUCGAUGUGUGUCAAACUUUUUUUAACGCCGUUGUGUGCUGGAUUGGCCCUGUUUUAUUGAAUGAAAUUGUUAGGUUUAUUCUUUAUACAUCAUGUGCAUUGUUACUUUGUUAGCCAGAUUAGUCAGAGUAGAAGGCCUUCCUUCACAUUGUGGAUGUCACUGUGUGUAUG